AAUAUUCGACACGUGUCGUACAUCAGUUGCAACAAUUGUGAUCAAAAUGAUAUGAUUAAAAUGAUUAAAAUCAUAAUUACGAUGAAAAUUGAGAGAUCGCGUCAAGCGACUUGUUCGUCGAGAAAAGAACCGAUUCCAGAUUGGCCGAAGUGAUCGUGGAAGGUAAUUUGCUGGGUCCCCGAGACUCGGUGUAUGCGUAAAUCGUAGUCGAGGUAAUGUCAAUAGAAUUUCGUCGAACUACGGGAUCAUUGAGGCACCGUGUCCGUUGCCGUGACUUAGCCGUGACUAAUCGAUAGCUCGUAAAUCGUCCGUUUGUCGCUUUUACUUUCCCCCCCCCUUCCUUCCCCGCGGCCCUCCCCGCGGUCGAAUUUUGCCGUCGUCUCGCCGGGAACAGCUUCGUGACAAACAUUCGUCGUGAAUUAUCACCGCGCGAAUAUAAGUAACACUCGAUAAAUACAUUACGCAAGUUACACGGAGUCGCGUAGAUACGUAACUUCUAUCUUUAACCCCCGUAAUUAUCUUGGACUUCCGACACAGAAUUUCGUAAUGCGAAGUACGCGCGUGUGUGCUUUCGAGUGCGAACGUGUACACAGAUCGGCAUAAUCACCUCGAUGCUCGUACCGUCGGAAUCACUAUACAGUCUUCUACGCGCGCGUUUGUUGAUGUAGUUGAAAAUCGCGUAGCGUCUCUCUCUCCGAGUGUUAUUAUUAACGAGGUUAUUAUACGCCGGUCUGUGUACCUCGACGAAUCGUACGCAGAGUACGCAGAGAGUGCGAUUAUCGUUGUCCGUGGGAUAAUCGAGAAGGGAAAGCGAUAACAAGGAGACACCGAGAUUUAUCAUUCACGUUCUGUACAAACGAGACUAGAGAGAGAUAAAGCGGCGAGCGAACAAAAGACACAUGAAAGAUAGAUAGAUGGAUAGAGAGAGAGAGAGAGAGAUAGAGAGAGAGAGAGAGAGAGAGAGAGAGAGAGAGAGAGAGAGAGAGGGGCGUUCUUCCGAGUAUAACACGUUAGAAUUUGGGCUAAUGCGGUGAUAACCGCUUGAGAGGGCAAGCCGGAGCAUAGGAGUUGGUUUCUUGUCAGGCCCGUUUGCCUGAGUAUCGGCCGGGUAUACCACCCGGCGAGCUGCUACCCGAUCCAGAAUUCUCCAAGGAGCGCGAGGAGCUAAGAUGGGUCCCGGCCAUGGCAUUGGACGGGGAUCUUCUCAUGUACCUGAGGGCGGCUCGGUCUAUGGCCGCUUUCGCCGGUAUGUGUGACGGCGGAUCCCCGGACGAUGGUUGCGUGGCGGCGUCUCGAGACGACACUACCAUCAAUGCUCUGGACAUUCUGCAUGACUCUGGCUAUGAUCCCGGUAGGGCACUUCAGGCUCUCGUCAAAUGUCCAGUACCUAAAGGCAUCGACAAGAAAUGGUCCGAGGAAGAGACCAAGCGAUUCGUCAAGGGUUUACGGCAAUUUGGGAAGAAUUUUUCACGCAUUAGGAAGGAUCUUCUGCCGCACAAAGACACGCCGGAAUUGGUCGAGUUCUACUACUUGUGGAAAAAGACGCCUGGUGCCAAUAACAAUAGGCCACACCGUCGGCGCCGGCAGAGCUCACUGCGAAGGAUCCGUAAUACGCGGAACUCCCGUGCCGGCACUCCCAAAGAGGAGGUGCCGACGCCUACAAAGGAUACAGCGCCAACGGCAAACGUCAACACGAAGGAGCCUGCGUCCGAGGCCGAGAGCGUGCCAGUCGGCACGCCGGCCAGUCACAACCCUGGUGGAGAAAUCAGCUCCGUAACGGAGGACGAUAACUCUGAAGAGGAUAGUGAUUCUCGCGACACUAAUACGAACGGUACGGCUCACUCGUGUCAACAUUGCUUCUCCACCAGUUCGAAGGACUAUCAGGUGGCCGGCAAGGAUCGGCUACUUCUCUGUACGGAAUGCCGUGCGCAUUUGAAGAAAACCGGCGAGCUGCCGCCUGCGCCGCCUUAUCUGUUCCGCCCAGUUCCGGCGGAAUCACCGGAGAGUCCUGGUAGAAUGCGUACGCGCAACAAAGCCAAGGAGACACCGAGACCAGCGAGACCGCGACGCACCGGUGGCACUGACACGCCCGACCAAGAGAAGCAGCAGCAGCAGCAACAGCAGCAGCAGCAAUCACCCGAUAAGAGUAAGAAGAAAUCGUCCAGCAAAGUGGAGACGCCCAAGAAGGGUACGCAGAAGCGUUCACAACCGGACGACGUCGACGACGACAAAGACGCGCAGAAGCGAAAGCGCGUCGGCGGCGGCGAUCGCGCCGAAAGCCCGUCCGAGUCACUCACGACAGACAGUAAUUCCCUGAUGGACGAACCGGAGAGGGAAACGGAGGCUGACACGAACGAGAAUCAACCAACCACGCCGACGGUCGCUGGCGUAGCCACGGAAGAGCCUGUUAGUAGUCCAGCCGUUACAACCCCCGAGGAACCCCCCUCCGAGCCGACGCCAGUGUCCACUCCUGUGCCAGCCGUUAUCCAGAGUCUACCGAUCUCCGUGCCGGUGAUACACAGUUUAGAGAAGAAACCGCCGGUCUUGCUGGAAGCAGAACCGCUGGUGGAUCAAAGCAAGGUGGUGGAUCAUCAGAUGGAGGACUCCGUGCCGCCGUUAGCCAUGAAUCAACCGCUCAAGUUGGAGCCGUUGGUUCCGAUGGAGUCUGUGGUGUCACCGCCGACUUCCAACGACGACACCAAGGAACCCGAGCAAGGACAAUUGAACCUCAGCGUGUCGCAGCCGCUGGUGGCUCCUGUACAGUCGGCCGAUGCCGCGGUACGCAAUUUGUCGCAGAGUCUACCACCUGUCACUGGCAUCGCGGGUGGUUCACAGUCCAUGCCGGUGAGUUCGCAGGGCAUCCCUGUGAUAUCGCCUGGUCAACAGCAGAACGUUACCGGUGGAUUACCGGCGGGUCUCAGUAUGCAAUACGCAACGAACAAUGUGCAGCCGCAACCGCAGCCGCCGCCGCCGCCGCCCCCGGUGCAAAAUGUGCCGCAGAAUCUGUCGCAAAGUAUGCCACCGCAAUUGGUGCCUAACAUGGUGCCGAACGCACCGCCGAACAUGGGACCAAACCUCCGCGCCCAUGCGGACAGCAUGUCGAGCGGCGCGCAAGCUUUGCCGCCGCAAAGUAUGUCGGGGCCGCCGUUGAAUCUUAACAUCUCGCAGAGCCAAAUACCGACUGGCAUGGGACCGAUCGGUCAGAUGUCGCAAAUCGCACCGCCGAUGCCGAGUUCGCCGCAACCGCUUGGUUUGACCGUCAUGUCGUCCGAAGGCAGAGGUGCCGACAGAAUCUCCGCGGACGACAGGUUACCGAGCGAACGAGCGCGCGACAGUCUGCGACAGUCGGAGCGAAUGACGUCAGACAGGCACUCGGAACGUACGGAAAGUAACGAACCCGAGCGCUCGAAUGAACCGAGUAAUCUGUUCCAGUCGCUACAACCCGGUGGUAUGCUGUCGAUGGAUAAACCUACGGGUAUUUACAAUCUGGCCGGUACACCGCCGAUGGAGCCGCAGAACUUGAAGAUCAAACAGGAGAUAAUUCCACCGGAACCAGAUCCCCUGCAAAGUCUAAAGGAGGUCAAAGUGCCGGGCUUCCAGAGUUCCGCGUUUCCAGGCCCGAGUCUGGAUAAUAUCAAGAAGGAUCCGGACGGUGCGAGCAAACCGCCUACGCCGAGCAAGCAUUCGGUGCAGAACUCUGCUCCCGCAUUGGUGCCGCAGCUUCAGCCUGUUGCGGCUUCGCCGACGCCGACGCCGACGCCGACACCGAACUUGCCCCCGCCUCCUAGCUCUAUACCUCAACCGGUGAUGCAUCCCGCACAGCAACCGAGCCCGCAUAUGGCUCACCCGUUUCACCCUCAUCUCGUACACCAUACGCUGUUUGGAAUGCAUGCGUAUCAUCCGCACGCGUAUCCGGGUUACGGGGCUGUAGCAGGUUAUCCAUCCUUCCCGCCGUACACGUACGGUCCGGUUCCACAUGCCAUACCACCGCCUUCACCGCAGAGGAGCCAAGAGAGCAGCACUAUGAUGACCGCUCAUCAUGCGAGUACCAGCUCUAGUGUUACCACGAGAGAAGAGGGCGAGAAUCUGAUCGCCUCUCAUCACCACUCGUCCAGUAUGCACCAAGCGACUACUCUGCACCACGACAAGCUGCUCACUAUAUCCUCCCAUAGUUCUCACAGUCAUUCUUCAUCGCACGGGUCAAGCCAACGCAAACCUUCAAUGGUCUCAGCAACGUGCCUAACGUCCACCAGUUCUGCACAUCAUCACCAUCGUCCACCGCAACCGCAGCAGCCCCCGAUCGUGCAAGAACCGAAGAUCGAGCAGGAUAUGGAGCCGGAACCUGACGAACCGGCCAGUCCGCGAGGACCGUCGCCCGAGCCACGCAUCGAAGAUUCCGAGUGCCACCGUUCCCAGUCGGCGAUUUUCCUGCGGCAUUGGAAUCGCGGUGAGAAUAAUUCGUGCACGCGCACUGAUUUGGUGUUCAAGCCUGUACCGGAUUCGAAGCUCGCGAGAAAACGCGAGGAACGCACCAGGAAACAGGCGGAGCGUGAACGAGAGGAACGCGAUCGUGCCGCCGCAGCUGCUCAACAAGCCAGGAAAAUGACGACACCGGAAAAACAGCCGGAGACUUGCAAACCGCCAAGUCGUGGACCUCUCGAACCUGUUGUCUCACCGUACGACAGAUACGCGACGCGACCUGGCUCAUACGCGGAUACUCCAGCUCUCAGGCAAUUGUCCGAAUAUGCGAGGCCGCACGCUGCCUUUUCACCUGCCAGACAUCCGGCUCCCACGGACCCGAUGUUGCAUUACCUGUAUGGCCGUGAGGCCGCUGCGCAACGCUUGGAGUUGGAACAUCUCGAGCGAGAGAAGCGUGAGCGUGAGAUACGCGAGUUACGCGAACGGGAGUUGAAUGAUCGCUUGAAGGAAGAACUGCUGAAGGGCACACCCAGACCAAUGCCGGCACCGGUUGAUCCACACUGGCUGGAGAUACACCGACGUUACGCUGCUGGUUUAGCAGGCCCAUCCGGUCCCCCUCAAGCCUUGCAUCAAUUUGGUCUCUACGGUGCUCCUCCGGGUCCCAGCCAGCUGGAACGUGAACGUUUGGAAAGGCUAGCACUGUCGGGUUUAGGAAUACCGACUGCAGCCGGUGGGGGGCCAGCGGCUGGAGGGGCUGGCCAUCCCGUGGCGGCACACCACCAUGGUCAGCUCGAAGAGCGACUGGCUCUGGCCGCUGACCCGAUGGUCAGGUUACAGAUGGCUGGCAUCUCUCCUGAGUAUCACGCUCACACUCACGCGCAUACGCAUGCGCAUACGCACUUGCACUUACAUCCGGGACAGCAACAGGCCCAGCAACAGGCUCAGCAACAGCAGGAAGCCGCUGCGGCUGCGGCUGGAUUUCCUCUGCCUGCUGCAGCCAGCGCCAAUUAUCCUCGACCCGGUUUGAUGCCGCGCGAUCCAGCUCUCGCGCUGCAUCCGGCCGAGCUGCUGGGAAGACCGUACGCAGACAUGGCUGCACAUCAUGAACAAUUUCAACGACACCUUAUGAUAGAGCGCGAGCGUUUCCCACCGCACCCAUCCAUCGUCGCCCACGAGGAGUACAUAAGACAACAGCGUGAGCGCGAGCUCAAAAUUCGCGUACUGGAUGAAGCAGCACGUGGAUCGCGUCCCUAAACUUGUGCACAUGUUUUUUAUUUAUAUAAAUACAUAUACAUAUAGUCUUGAUAUCGUUUAGGCAUGUCGAUAGAAACCUGAAGUGCGUGAUACAUCAUGUUGUGUAUGUAUAUGCAAUGGGAACGUUCUUCUGAUACCACGGAGUAAUUUAUACAUAACGCAUAACACAUAACGCAUGUGUGUGUGUGUAUAUAUAUAUACAUAUACACACACACACACACACACACACACACACACAUAUAUAUAUAUAUAUAUAUAUACAUAUAUAUAUAAAUAUCCUCUGUAAUUUUAAAAGCUAAGAUCAGAAAAUAUUUUUAUGGUCUUUCAGACAUAUUUAAAGGAAGAAAUAUAUACACACUCAUAUAUGCAUACACAGCGAGAGUGAUCAAUGUAACUCGCUAUUGUAAAUAUCACGUCGAGAUAUUUUAACCCCCGAACGUUACAGAACAAUCUGGCAUCGUCAGAGCGGCAGAAAGAGAAACGGAGAGAUUAACAUUUAUACAAAAAUGACGAACAUUUGAUACGUGAAGUAUUUUCAAAUUUUUUUAUGGUAUUUUACGUGUCAAUCGAUUGAUUUUAUUGAUCUUGUUUUUUCGUCCGAUUUUAAGCAAUGGUGCAUAUAUGCCAAAGUGCUUGUACGGAGGGGGGGAUUAUACUGCGGUUUUUAAUCCUUCCAUGUGCAUGUAGAUAUAUAUACAUAUACAUACAUACAUACAUAUAUAUAUAUGUAUAUAUAUAUUUUUUGCUAUUUGUUCUCGUAAAUAGAGAAAUGUGCGUUAUUUUAUUAUUAUUAUUAUUAUUAUUAUUAUUAUUAUUAUUAUUAUAUUAUUAUAUGGAAACGAAAAAGAAAGAAAUAUAGAUAAGACGCGGCAAUAAGUUGAAGGAUUUUGGGACGAGUAGUAUAAAUAUAUAAGAAUCUCCUCAACGAUUCCGAAAAUCUCAUACUUUAUAUAUUUCAAGUUGUAGAAAUUAAAUUUGCUCGAAGAACAAACGAAGAAACGACAUUCACCGUUUCUAUUGUUUUAAUCACGAUUAAACAGUGAAAUCAUACGCAUAACAUUACCACAAUGGUAAGUAUAUCAUAUAAGAUCAAUAAAUGCAGAUAAAACUAAAAUUUAUCAUCGAUUUAUUCUGCAUUAUACACACACAUAUAACAAUUUAUAUAUUUAUUUAUUAUCAUAUUUACAUGUUCUUCAGAAAAUAGUGCAAAUUCAGCGCGAGAUAUUGAAGCGUUUAAUAAUAAUCGCGUUUAGUUAUCAUUUUAUUGCUUUUCUAUACAGUUUGAGAUGUAUAAAGAAAUAUUGGAGAAAUCGAUGAGGGGAGGGCUGAUGCCGCGUGUUUACUGCAAAUGGAACAGCUUGUAUAUCUUUUUACGUCGGUACUUUUUCAUUAUUUUAAGUACUUGUAAUAACGCAUAAAAAACGUAGUACGUGUACGUAAAAUGAAAAGAAGCGAGUACGAGUGUGCUUGCUUACGCAAUCAUACAGUCGACUGCAUUAGAGCGUUCUGUAAAAAUUGCACGAAUUACAAUUCGUUCGAUUAUAGUCGCAUAAAAAAAAAUAUAAUCUAUAAGUUUCGCUAUUACUUUCUUAAUCUAUCAAACUUGUAUAUUUUCGAUACGUACUCUUUAAGAUAUCUUUCCGUUGAAAGAUGCAAACCUUCGGUGGUUUUUACUAACGUGCAUAUAUAUUUAUGUUUGUGUGCGCGCACGCAACGCUGAUCGAUGAUAAACGAAAUUAAAUGGAAAGGAUACAUACAACACAUACAAAGCAGUCGAGGAUAAAUCCGCAAAUUACCGGAAGAUUUUGUCUUAGCCAGCGAAUGUUUCCACGUAAUAUGUCGUCAACGGUAUCGAUUGUUGAAAUACGUGACCACCGCAUGAUCAGAAACAUAAACAUGCUGUGUAACUGAUUUAUUGUACCCUGAUUAUCUAAUUGAGUAAACUUUUCAUACGAAACU